UUCACCAUAAUAUGUUUUCCCUAACUCUAAAUGCAUUACAGGACAAGACUGGACUCUAGAAUUUGACAGCUGCAAACACUUACCUAAGAACGCUGAGCUUGUGAAUUCACAAUACACAAAGGGGUGUGAAGUGCGCUUUCCCAUCACUCAGAGCGCGCGCUAACGUUGACACAGCUAGCUGCAGUCAUUUGUACCUUGUCACUCCUAUAGUGUGGACGGCUAUUUCCGUAUAAGAAUUAGGAUCCUUUAAAUUGAAAGCAAUUCUUAGAGAUUUGUCAUUCGUCUUGUAAAAGAAGUAUGGAGAAAGGAAAUCUAUCAGAAGAUGAAAACGACGCAAAGUAUGAAGGUUUGCGAGAAUUCGUUAUGGAGACUAUGGUAAAGUUUAGUAAUGAAUUGAAAGAAGUUAAAGUCAGGGUGGAGACCCUAGAAAGUGAAGUUGAGUCCGGAAAGGGAGUUAAAAGAAAGUUAAUAGAAGAGGAGAGUGAGGAGGAGGAGGAAGAAGAAGUUGCCUUGUCGGUGGAUGAUUUGAAAGAAGACAUGCGAGAGAAAGUCGAGGAAGUAUUAGAGGGCAUCACCUACCGUCCAGAGAAAGAGAAAGUCAGCCAACUUCAGCUUGCAUAUAUCCAUUAUUGGGUAGGGGUGCAGGAGACAAAUACACCAACAAAAUUGGUGGAUAUCCAAAAACUGAUCGAGGAGGGAGUGCGGGAUAGAAUUUGGGCCCCAGAGUGGAAGCCGGACAUUAAGGGCGAUUUUGCACUCUAUUUACAAGAGAAGGUGAAAAAUAUCGUGAAGAAGAAAAGAGCGCAAAGAGAGAAAGCAAGACUCCAGAAGGAACUUGAAGAGCUGGUGGGAGAUAGUCUAAAAUGAACAUUGGCAAAAUUGAGAAGCGUUAAUUGUGAAAAGAAUUCUUCUAAGUUUUCAUUAUUAUUAUUUCACAAUUAUAUGUGAAAGUCUGUAAUUCAUGAUGGGUUGUUUAAUGACA